AGUGGGGCCGCCGCGCCGCGGACUGACAGACUGACACUUCAGCGCAGACCAUGGCGGACGCAGCAGGCGCGGCACCCAGGCGCAAGCCUGUCAAAAUCACCAAAGACAAUGUCUCGGACUUGAUGGCGCAGGUGGACGCCUUCGUGCUGGACUGCGACGGUGUGAUUUGGACGCCGUUGGCGACUGGAAUGUAUCCGAAAGCUGAAGAAGCCCUGGACCGGUUGAGGGGAGCGGGAAAGAAAGUUAUGUUCGUUUCCAACAACUCAUUCCACCCGCCGCAAGAAAAGUUUAAGCUGAUGGGCUACCCAGUCUCGGAGGACGAGGUUGUCGUUCCAUCCACAGUCAUCGCAAGGUACCUGAAGAAAAGGGGCUUUGAAGGCCAAGCCCUGGUCCUGGCCUCCGAGACGUUCAAGAGGACCCUUCAAGACCAGGGGAUCGACGUCGUGCAGAGGACGGCGGAGGAUCAUCCUGAGAAAAUUAUCGAAUUCUUGCGCUUGGUCGGGAAAGAUGCGGGGAAAGUGAAGGCCGUGAUCGUGGACUUCGAUCUGUAUCUGACGGGCCUGGACCUGGUCAAGGCCGCCAACUACCUGCGCGAGGACCCCGAGUGCCUCUUUUUCGCUUGCGCCACUGAAUGCAACAUUCCCGUGGGCGGGAAAAUAUGCCUAGGCCCGGGGUACUGGACGGAGAUCGUUGAGAGGGCGUCCGGGAGGAAGGCCCAGUGGGUGGGCAAGCCUGCCCCGAUGAUGGUCACCGAGUUCCUCAAGGACGCGCACCAGCUCGACAUGGCGAGAAGCAUUUUCGUCGGGGACUCCCUGGAGCAGGACAUGGGCAUUGCCAACAACUGCGGCAUGAAGAAGCUGCUCGUCCUCACGGGGAUGACGGCCAUCGAGGACCUGGAGACGUGCGACCCGAAUCUCAUCCCCGACUACUACAUCGACUCCGUCGCGGACCUCGGCAGGCUGCUGCCGAAGGCAUGACUCGCGAGUGCGCCGAGCACGCGCACCAGAGCAAGGAUGGACGCCGAUGGGCAAAGCCGGCAAAGCCACAGACCAAAGUGUAAAUGUAAAAUGUAAAACACCCUUUUCAGUACUGUUUUUGUUUAUAAUAAAACGAGAUCGAGUAUC